AUGCCUCCCCGACCACUCAGUGAUGCCCAGCGGGCCCGGAUCGAAGAGAACCGCAAGCGGGCUCUCGCUCGGCAGGAGCAACGGGGGCAACAAGUGGAGUCGGGACCGAUCAUUCUGACGUUCGCCAAGGUGGAAAACGGCGCCAUCAAACGGUCCCGUAUCGAGCUCAGUGAUGACCAGCGAGCCCGUAUUGAACGGAACCGUCAGCGGGCGUUGGAGAUUCGUCGUAAGCGAGCAGGAGAAGCUGGACUUGAUACAUCGGUUACGGCAUCGUCUUCUGCUAGUUCUGGGGCCCCUGCUGCUGCUCCUCCUGAGAAUCGAAUGGUUCAACCAGAUGACAAUAUUCGCCUUAAUAAGAACCAGCACGAUUUCGUUGAGAACAAACUGAGGUUUCAGCCACCGCCCAUUCGCCGGAAGGACUACAUUGAGUACGAUUUCUCGACGAUGUCGGAUAGUAAAGGGGGGUUUAUUGCUACUCAUGAAGAAGGGAGUGAGGGUGGCGAAUCUUUGAAAGACUGGAAGGAAAAGCAAGAGCGACGGCCGUUGCGAGAACCUGCACCUCCUAUCGACCCAACCACAGCCCCUAAAUGCUUUGAAUGUGAUCUGAUAGAGAUUGACGCCCAACUAUAUGAGAAGUUCAAUGCUAGGGUGUGCAAACAAUGUAAGCGUGAGCACCGUGAUAAGUACUCGCUUUUGACUAAGACCGAGUGUCGUGAAGACUACUUUUUAACUGAACCUGAGCUUCAGGAUGUGAAAAUCUUACCUCGAAUUGAGAAAGCUAAUCCUCAUGGGUUCAGUCGAAUGCAGUUAUUUCUCCGGUAUCAAGUCGAGGAGUUUGCCUGGAAAAAAUGGGGCGGUCCUGAUGAGCUAGAUGCUGAAUGGGAACGGCGACAGGCAGUCAAACUCAAGCGGAAAGAGAAGCGAUACCAACAAGAGUUGAAAGAGAUGCGGAAAAAGACUAGAGCCGAAGAGUAUACCCGUAAGUUGAGAAACGGAGAAGGCAUGGUUGAACGUCACGUUCACGACUGGUCGGCGCCAAUGGUCAUUGACGAAGCUAAUAGAAUCAUGAAGCGGCGGUGCAUUGACUGUGGUAUGGAAAUGGAAGAAGUGUAUAUAUAG